UGGAAAUUCGUCUCGAAAAGGGAAAAAAAGUCGGAAUAUAAAAGCAGGAGAAUCCUGACUCGGUUAAGUUGAACUCUUCAAAGUCGCUCCGGUGGGCUCCUCCAAACUCUUCCCGUCGCCCUCCCCGUCGACGUUACGUACGCCGCCGUGGCGUGCCUGCCUGCAAGCCAAAUAACAUGGAGUCCGGCGCCUGGCAUCUCCCCGCAGAGAGCCCGAGCCGAGCCUGAAAGCAGCGCCGCUCUUCCCGCCUCAGCGGCCGCGGCGGCCGGAGCCUCGCGCGGGCGUCGCGCGCGCGGCUCAAAGCUUCGGCUCCGCUCGGAAAGAAUGACGAGCGGCGGCGCCUGAGCCGCCGGCCCCCCUCUGCCGCUACACCAGGCCGAUCUCAGUGAGUUCCCCCUCCUUCUCCUCCUCUACCGAAGCUGCACUCUGAAGGCGGCGGCGGUGGAAGCGGCGGCGGCGGACGUGGCGGCCGGCUCGUCCCCGUCAGCUGUCAGCAGCUGGACCGGCGUGAUCCGCUCCGCGCUGGCCGCCUGACAGCCCGCCGCGUCCGGGCAUUUUCCUGCUGUGAGAGGGGCAGCUGUGGAGGCAGGACGCGGGCCUGGAUAGAAAGGCCACUUCUUUAUGUAACCGCCCAGCGCUCCCGCUCGGGCUUCCAGACCUGGCGUGCUGCGAAAGUGGGUCAGACCCUGAACCGGUUCUGCAGAACCGAGGACCACCUGUUUUUUGGUCUUGUGUGGUGCGUCACUGCACAGCAAAGUUGUUAGCAACUGUUGAUGUUGCUUGCAGGCUGCACAAUGUAGGUGGGCUGCUCACCAGUGGGACUCUUUCCUGUUCUCUGGGGGACCAUGGAGCCAGAACCCCUGACCCCAGGGACCAGCCAGGAGCCCCCGACCUUCGAUUCAGCACAAACUUCUACCAACUUCCUCAACUGCGCCUUAGAGCCCUUGAGUUCUGGAGACGUGGAGGAUGACCUGAUGUCUGCUGGAGAGGAGGGCCCCCAGCCCGGAGCAGAGCCGGGGAGGACCGCACAGAGGACCCUCAAGUCCUCAGCCUUUACCUCCUCCCUAAGCUGGGACUCCGACUCCGAGAAGGAAGCUCUAGAUGAAGAGGAGCUACAGAACUUUUCUAACCCUCACGGUCUGGCUGCUCACAGCCCCGGAUCUCCUUCUUCUGGACUCAGGCUUGACCACGAAGCAGAAAAACUGCAGCGUCCCGGCAGUGAAACGGAAACGUCGCCCCCUGUGGACAGACGCGGUGACGUCCUCCAGAGCAUUGAUGCCUCUCAGCUGGGUCAGAAAGAACUGGAAGACGAUUCCGAGAGAGGGGAGGCAUUCCCGUCCAGACCGGAGGAUGGCUCCCACAUGGAGGCGGAGGAGGACGGUAGAGAGGAGGAGACGAGGCCAAAGAGGAAAGAAAUAGACGUUUACACCUUCCCCGGGGACUCGGACCCAGAGAGCCCCCCUCCCGCCCCCUGGGCUCACUGCACCUUCAUUCAGCGGUGCAGAAAGAAGCGGGUCCUCCUGCGGCCCUUCUCCGGACUCAGAAGCUCCAACAAAUCUGAAAAGCUGACAAAACGGAGUCCCUUAAGGUGUAAAGCUGCAAAGCGUGGACACCCAGGGGGAGGGGUUUAUGAUUUCGAGGAAGACAGCUUUGAGGAGGGGACCAGAAAGCUGAGAGGGAAGAAGUACAAAGAGGAGGAGGUGGGGGCGCCAGAGUCAGGUGAAACCAUUUUCACCUGUGUGGAGUGCAGCAUUUACUUCAGAAAGCAGGUCCACCUGCAGGAGCACAUGGCCGAGCACUGUCAGAGCACGGCAGGGGCGGGCCGGCGUGCCGGGAAGGGCAGAAGUUUUCAGUGCACCGAGUGUGGGUGGAACCUGCCCAACAGGCCGGCGCUGGCGGACCACCACAGAAGGCACUGUGAGUCCCGCCUGAAGAUCCUGGAGGAGAUCGAGAAGCUGAACGAGAACGGAACCGCGAAAGAGAUGGCGGAAAACGAGGAGACUCCCGCCCGCCCGGCCGUUGCACAACAUGCAGGCCCGGUUUCCAAUGCAGGCAAAAUGUCAGACCCAGAAAUAGUCAAAUCUCCACCUCUGUCUCCUGCUUCACUUUCAACACCAGACCAGGACUUUUACGCAACGCCUUUGACUUCAGCUGGAAUCCCGGCUCAGACCAGAACCGUGUCUUCUUACCGCCGCCGCUUUGUCUGCACCAAGUGUAACUUCAGCACAAGAACAUCACAGGCUCUGGCUAAUCACUCCAAGACCCACAAUAGAAAAAAACCUGCUCUCCAGGCUGACUCCCCCUCUCCUGGCUCAGCAUCGACUUUGGCAUCCACCUCCCUAAGGUGUGGUCACUGUGCCUUCCUGACUUCCAGUCUAAGCACACUGAGGGAACACCAGACACUUGUCCACGCUGUGUCUGCUCGCGAGGAGCAGGAUGACGGAGGGUCUCGCCUCUCUGAGUCAAAAAGUCAGCAUGGAGUCACCGCCUCCGAGGACGUCGCGGCUCCAGACCGUCGGCCCAAAAGCCAAGCGGUAGGGAGCAGGAGAUUCAGCACGCGGGGGAAGACCUGGACCCAGUUUAACCCCGAAAUGGACGAUGAAUCGUCGAGUCGAGGGGAAAAACAGGAGCGCAGAAAGGAACUUACCUCUGAGGAAAACUCACCUGUGGGAGGGAAGCCCCAAACAAAAGCGAAACCCAACACCGAGGAGUCUUCUUCAGUGAUCCAUGCUACAUUAACACUGCCUUCCAGAGCGGCUGCAGAAGACAAAGACAUGGAGGAAAUGAACAAAGAUGGAAAGGUGUUCCUCUUGAGGAGGAGUAGGAGGGUCCCCGCCUCUCCGGCCCCAACUGACAGUGACGAUGACGACGUGGACGAGGAAGAUGUGCAACGCUUCCUGUCCCAGCACAUGUUAGAUGAAGACGACUCCGAUGAGGACGCAGAGGCGCUGAAGCCCGUGGAGAAGAAAUGUCCCUACUGCCCUGAUCGGUUUCACAAUGGAAUCGGGCUCGCCAAUCACGUGAGAGGACACCUGAACCGAGUGGGUGUCAGCUACAACGUGCGCCACUUUAUUUCACCAGAAGAAGUCAACGCCAUUGAGAAGAAAUUCUCGUAUCAAAAGAAGAAGAAGAAAGUUGCCAACUUUGAUCCAGACACUUUCAGUGUGAUGCACUGCGAGUUCUGCAAGGCCGGCUUUGACACCCGGGCCGGCCUGUCCAGCCACGCUCGGGCGCACCUCCGUGACUUUGGCAUCACGAACUGGGACAUUACCAUCUCGCCGAUACACAUUCUGAGGGAACUGUUUUCCAGUCGGCCGGACCUGGUCAUUCCCACAGCACCCCCCAGGAGUCAUAGCAGCUACUCAGAGGAGGAGGAGGAGGAGGAAGAUGAAGAGGAUGAUGAGGAGAAGAAAUUAAAGAAAGAUGGGAUUAUUAAAGUCAAGCUUGAGGCAGAGACAAGCAAAAGGACUGUGUGUGUGUCAGAUUUGAAUGCAGUGCCUUCAGCGUCUUGCCAUCAAUGGAAGAAAAAGGAUGGAGAGGACGACUGUAGAGGGGAUGAUGCUGCUGAAGAAGAUGAUGAGGAUCUCCAGCGUUCAGCCCCUGAUGGUUUGAGCGGCGGUCCAGGGAACGCUGGGGAGUGCCGCGGGGACGGCGGCAGCCAAUCUACCGUGGAGGAUGCAGACGCCAAGGUCCAACACCUGAAGUGUGAAGUGUGUGACUCUCAGUUUGAGAGUAGGCGUGGCCUAUCCAGCCACGCCCGCUUCCACUUGCGACAGCUGGGCAUCCCCGCCUCAGAGCGCAGCGGCGCACCAAUCGACCUCCUCUACCGGAUCGCCAAGGAGCAUCACGCAGACGGCAAAGUAAGCCCGUCCCUGUCAGACCCUCUUCCAGCUAGGACCCCCCCACCACCUGCUCCCAUAAAAGAUGAGGAAUUAGAAGACAUGGACUUAGACGAGAAGCCCAUCCCGGCUUUCUUACUGGCCAAAGCAGCAAAAGCUGUGUCGCUGCCAUCUUCCUCUCCAGCUCCCACACCGUCUCCCGGCGCCUCUCCACCGUCGUCUGUCUCUGGUUCUCCUUCAGUGGUGAAGAAAGCCCCCAUUUCCUCUCUGCUGCCUGUGUCUUCCCCCCUGCGCUCUCCUGAGCUCAAGGCUGGGGGCAUGAAAAGCCUUUCUGCCAUGCCGUCAGCUGAAACAGCCAAACCCCUGUGGGCGCCACAGGAGAAUGACGCUCCCCUCAAUCUCGCGCUGGAGGUGGACUCCAGUAAGGACAUCGUCUGCCAGCUGUGCGGCGCCUGGUUCGAGACCCGCAAAGGCCUGUCCAGCCACGCUCGAGCCCACCUGCGGCACUUCGGUGUGGAGUACUCCGAGUCCAAGGGCUCGCCCAUCGACUUACUGAGCCAGCUCAUCGACACCGAUGACUUCAAGCACAAAGCCAGCACGCUGGAGCUGGACAGCCACGCAGAACCAAAGGGCCUCACCUCGACCAUCUCCUCCCCCAAGCAGUCCCUGCUGACCCUGUCCUCUCCAUCACUCCUCUACAAGGUGACCGCUGCAGGGGGGGGAUCGACGUCCAAAGCUACCUCUUCCUCUGCCUCGCCUUUACUUGGUCCCCCUGCCAAGCGUCCCAAGGCCUCUUCCAUGCAGGUCUUCCGCCUCAGCAGCGGGGAGCUUAUGGCUCUUCCACACAGCGAACCUCCGAAGGAGAUCGGCUGCGAGUUCUGUGGGGAAUAUUUUGAGAAUCGGAAAGGGCUUUCCAGCCACGCCCGGUCCCACCUGCGCCAAAUGGGAAUCACAGAGUGGACCGUCAACGGAUCCCCGAUAGACACGCUGCGGGAGAUCAUCACACGGCGGGGCCUGCCCUGCGCCCUUCCUCAGAAUCCUCUCAAAACCCCGCCUCCUUCCUCGCCAGGACCUCCUCGUUCCCCUCUGAGAGCCUCCUCCUCUCCCUCAACGGGCCUCCUCAGUCGCCUUCCCUUUACCUUCGCCCGUCCCUCCAGCCCUCCUCAGUCCACGGGCUCCAAGUCCAGCUCGGCGUCUUCUGCUCCUUCAGGCGGUCUGAGUCUGAAGCUGAAGAGUGAGCCGGUGCAGCUGGAGGUCACGGCUCCUGCGGCGGCCGAGAAGUCUGGAGGCUUUUCAGCCGGCACUCCUAAUUCCAACUGGAGCUCCGACAACGCCUUCCCCCUCAACCUGGCCAAGUCUCCAGACGUGGAGCCUACGAGGGACAUCCGCUGUGAGUUCUGUGGGGAGUAUUUUGAGAACCGGAAAGGCCUCUCCAGUCACGCUCGCUCCCACCUGCGACAAAUGGGCAUCACCGAGUGGUGCGUGAACGGCUCCCCCAUCGACACUCUCAGGGAGGUCAUGAACAAGAAAGGGCUGGGCGGCUCCUCAGACCAGGGGGUGAAGAAAGAGCUGAGCCAAAAAGCUAGCAGUCCGUCGUGGGAGAAGAAAGUUGGCGGCUCGGAGAGUUUUGGCUUCUUUCAGUCCUCCAAGUACCGCAACUCCCCUCUGGGUUUGGUUCAGUCGGGACCACGUCUCCAGAAACCGGGCUUAGGGCCCGGGUCUGGCACCACCCCCGCAGGGAAGUUUUUCCGGAUGUCCCCACUGGGGAAGCGACCUCUAUCGGGGGAGUCCCGGUCGGCGGAGACGGCGCACUCAUCUCCUCAUCGGCUGAAGACCAUGCCCCCUCUUCCCCGGGAUUUCUCAGUCAAACGAAAGCCCUCCCCAGAGAAGCAUCAGGAUCCCAGCUGUGAGCUGUGCGGCUUCUACUUUGAGAACCGCAAGGCUCUAGCCAGCCACGCUCGAGCCCACCUCAGGCAGUUUGGUGUGACUGAGUGGAGUGUGAAUGGAUCGCCCAUCGAGACGCUUAGCGCUUGGAUGCGCAGCAGGCCUCAGAAGGUGUUGGAGAUGCACCGCAGCUACAUGCAGGGUAACCGCUCCGCCCUGAAGAAGAAGGCCCCCUCUUCCUCCUCCUCCUCUUCGUCCUCCUCUUCCUCUCAGUGGUCUUCGUCUGUGGCCGUAGGGCUGGGACGACCAACGAGCCAAGAAGUCAGCCAACGCGCCUCCUCCUCCUCCUCCAGAGCUUCAGGGGACCAUGCUGGUACCAGCUCGCACGGAGGGCCCGUCCGGCCCGGCCGCAGCAGCCCCAGCUUCUCGCGGCUCAGCGGCGCCUCCCCUCCCCAAGCACAGGUGGCUCGCAGUGAGCUGAAUGUCCGUCUGCCCCGAGGUUUCGAGCGUCGGCCCUUAAAGCACCCUUCCUGCCCAGAGGGAACAGAGAGGGACAGCGGUACUCCUAAACCCCUACGCACAGGCACCGUCCCCGCCCUGGUGCCCAAACCACCCUCCUACCCGCUGGUCAAGCUGGUGGGCAAGUUCUACACACUGAAGUGCCGGUUCUGUGAGGUGGAGUUCCACGGUCCGCUGUCGGUGCAGGAGGACUGGAUCAGACACCUCCAGCAGCACAUCAUCAAGAUGAACUACAACAAGCCUGUUGCUUGCAAAGCGACGGCGGCCGACCCCCAGCCCUCGGUCCAAGCCUCCACCUCUACCUCACAAACCUCCCCCGCCCACGCCGCGGUUGCUAGGAGCUGCUCCCCCGCACCUUUGUCCGACUGUGCCCCUGCCAUAACUGCCACAGAGGCGAUCCGGGAUUCCGAGGAGCAGCCCGGCCUCAUUCCAGCCCCCCUGACUCUCCCCACGCAGACGGCGUGAGCUCCACCUCGCUGCCCAGAAACCGACCCCCCCAGUUAACAUUCGUCCACCUGUUUCUUUCAUUUGGCCUUGACUGAGUGUUCAGGAGGAGCUCUCUCCCUCUGAAGAGCCCUCCGAGCUCCAAGCACCUUUCAAGCAGCUCCUGACUGUUACAAAGUCCUGUUACCAUGGGAACGGAGCCCUCCUGGACUGUCUGUGCAGUGGGGGCUGGUGAUUGCUGGUGAUUAUGGGAACUGUCCAAGGUCACGAGGAGCGACGAGCUAAUGUUUUUGUGUUUGCCUUGUUUCUACUGAAUGUUCAUCAUGACUUUAUAUUACCUUUUAGAUGAACGUGUAGGUUUAACACGCCCCUCCUUCCAAACCCCCGCAGCACCCCACCCCUUAAAAAAACUCGCACUUCCAUACCUCCCGCUUAAAGAUCAAAGGUCCCGAUGAGAUUAAAGUCACGUUUCCACUGAGUGCUGAGGUUUGGUUGAUGCUCCUUCACCCUGUCCAGGCUCCUUUUUAACGUAAAUAUGUUUGAAAAUCACAGAGACUGAGUCCAAAUUCCCAACUAACUAGUAAAAAACUAUAUAGUUUAGGACUAUCUAGUACCUUGGAUUUUAAAAGCAAUUCAGACACAAUGGUCACUACUUUUUUUUCUCUAAACUGCAGCUAUGUCGUCACAGGUUUCACAAAGUGAAAAUCCAUUUGACUCCAUUGUGUUCUGAUGAAGAAAACGUUGAUAGUUUAUUAAAAAAAAUACAUUUAAACACUUUUUUUUGUUCAAACGCAAUGCAUUGUGGUCUAUAUUCGCUAAUGUAGUAAGCAUUGAAGCACGUUAGUUUUUCGAAAAGAUUUCUGGAAAACUGGAUUCGGACAGCACUAGAAAAUGAGGAACGCGCUAUGUAGUGAGUAGGGAAGAAAUUCGGACGUAACCUCGUGUUGUGGUUCUGAUUUCAAACUCCUCACCUAGUUAGCUUUUACCGUGAGCUGUUAGCUUUAGCCACAACUUUGACAAACUGGUUUAAAAUUGUCUCCAAAUGUUUUAUUUUCUUACAGACCCACAUAUUAUUAUGGGAUUUUAAAUAUUUUAUUACAUUUUAACAAGGCGCUUUUUCAUAACUAGUUCUCCACUCAACACAUUUUAAACAAUUGUAGCUAACUAGCUUAUUUUCCUGCUCAUUUUUUCCUCCAAAAGGAAGUUUUAAAGAAAAUUCUCCCUCAAUUGUGCUUAUAAGAGCACUUCACAGUUUUGGAUUCUUAUAUUUGUCUCUAAUUUAGAUUCAAAGUUCCUCAACGUUCUUUUUUAAAGAGAAAUAUUUUAAAGAGCUGAAUAACAUGCUUUUGUUAUUCAGCAUGUUAAAAAUAAUCAAGGACACUUUAUAACCCAUACUGAUGCAUUUUUAACACUGCAAAUAAGGUUUGCAGUUUUUAAUCAAAGGAUAAAAUCCUCUUUUCUCUCACUGGCAUCAAACCAAACUUUACCACUCAGUGGACACGUGGCUUACAAUUUCUAACCAAGCUAGUCUUGUGGUUAAGACUUUAAAUAUGGUAGCACUUAGUGUUAAAAAAGGGCACUUUGAACGUUGACACAGCACUUAACAAAUCGCCCAUAAAAUGGGUCGAAUCCAAUCGGAUCAAGAAGUGGAAGCACAUCCAAGAGCGCAGCAGAUUCAAAACGGUCCUUCCGAUAUACAUUUAGCUUUAAUGUAGCGUGAAGCGCUUGAUCGGAACACUUUUGCACACGUUCAUUCCCAAUCGAGGCCAUGUUGUCAAGCCCCCGAUGCUUUUUCCUGUCAUCACGGCUCCAAUCCCCACCGCUGCUGCUGUUGAAGACACAGCUUUUUCCUGCUUUUGAGUCGCAUUUUUUUGUUUUUUUUCCUUCCAUGCACCGCGUUGCAGUUUCCUUCCUGCCUUUUUCAAUGUGACCCAAAUAAGUUAUUUAUUCUUUUGCAACUGAAUGUGGUGAGUUUCAAGCUUCAGUGUAACUUAGGAAGGUCUGAAGACAGACCGCCGGUGUGCGUUAGUCUGGAUGUUCAUGUACAUAUGUAGCAAACGUGCAUUGGUUUUCCAUUUUACGAAGAGAAAGAGGAGUGAACCUGCUCGACUGGAGGUCGAAAAGGAACAAAUCUGCGAGCGUUGUCGUCCAAUCGGGCCCUGAUGGCAUCCGUGGUAGGAGGAGCCAAAGAGUCUGUUUACUUCCACGUCUUGCCUGCGUGAAUCCGUUUACACCAGAGCUGAAAGUGGAGGAAACUGCGAAGUGACAAUGGAACCGAACCGGUUCCCCUGGUUCUGAAGGACUCGCUGGACUACUGUUGAGUUGAAUUCAGCGUCGACACAAACCAAAAGCAGUCUUAGUUCUCAAAUCCUUCUGCAGGUGAAGCGUCAAAGAAAGGGUCCACGUGUGUUGGCGAGCUUCUUGGUUCGGCCCACUUGUUGAAGCUACAUUAUCCCCACCAUUUUAUGGAGUAUAGAAACAUGCUAUAUAACUACAUAUACUUAAGACACUGCUGGUUCUAAUAGAGCUAUCAGCGGUUCUGUUAGCAAAGUAGUUCAAAUAAGUGAUCUUAACUUCCUUUGUUGUGAUUUGAUUUGCACAAUUUGAUGUAUUUUUAUCGCUCUGUGCAUUUCCGUAUUGGCAGUCCUGCAAGGUGAAGUUCAGUUUUUUUAUUUUUGCUUCUCCAAGCUGAAACCUCGGUGCUGGUGAGAGUGUUGCAGCAAGUGACUGAACACCAGGAACAGAUUUGGAUGUGAGAAGUCGCAGAUUUGAACAAAGCAGCCGUCAAAGGGGACCACUUUGCAAAGUUGAGAGAAAAUCCAGCCUCUGCAUUCACCAGAGUGUCGGGGCGCGCUGGAAAUAGCCUGAGCUGCUGUCACUUGCUGUUCGUUGUGUGUCUGUUCGCGAGUGUGUGAGCGUGUGCGUGAAACAGAUGCCACAAAGCGAGCGAAUACGUGUCGGAGGAAUGAACUGUACAGUACUCAAAGGGUUACGUUUCAAGCGAAUCAACUCCAGAACAAACAAUAAAUGUGAUUUCAAUUUCAAUCACUGUCUGUGGCUUCUGAGUGGAACAUUGCAGCAGCUGAGAUGAUCAAGAAAGCACACAACAGCUGUGUUGGUAGUUUUUGACCACCAGGGGGCGGUAAAGUACCAGACAUAACAUGCUGUUUUUGGGGACUUGGGUACAAGUGUUUUAUUAGCAGUAGUGUAAAAAAAUAUAUUUAAAAUCAGGAAAAAUGACAUUUUAAUCAAUUUUAGGUUAAAAAUGCUUGAAAAAGUUACAUUUUUACCAAGGUUUUUGGAUAAUUCAAUUGAUUACACCUAAAAUUACAAAAGAAUGAAUGUCCACAAACAUAUAGUCCCUGCAAACAUGCAUUUAGAAUUGAUUUUUAAAGAAGUAAAGUUUAAAAAAAAAAGGUUGACUGGAGAAAAAAAAUUAAAAUAUUUGCAAUUUCAUAAAAACACUUGAUCAAUCUAAAAAAACAA